GUCACCACUUUCUCUCUCUCUCUCUCUCUAUCAUGUCGCCUGCAACGAUGACCGCCGCUCGCGCGCCUCCGUCGCCGUUGGCCUUCCUCUCGGCUCCGGCCCCUCCGAAAUCUCCUGGAAAGACCUCCGUCCGAGCCGCAUUCCGCCGCGAGGUCGAGGGCGGCGGCCGGCUCGAGAGGAGGGAGCUCCUGAAGCGAGGGACGGCGGCUCUGGCCCUGGCCCCCCUCCUGUGGAGCACGCCGCCGGGCGUGCUGCCGGCGGCGGCGGCGAAGGAGGUGGAGGUCGGCUCGUACCUCCCGCCGUCGCCCUCCGACCCUUCCUUCGUCUUCUUCAAGGCUUCCCCGAAAGACACCCCCGCGCUCCGCGCAGGGAAUGUUGAACCCUACCAAUUCAUCCUCCCCCCGACCUGGAAACAGAUGCGGGUGGCCAACAUAUUGUCGGGCAAUUACUGCCAGCCGAAGUGCGCGGAGCCGUGGGUGGAGGUGAAGUUCGAGGACGACAGGCAAGGGAAAGUUCAGGUGGUGGCCUCCCCUCUCGUACGCCUCACGAAUAAGCCCAAUGCGUCCAUCGAGGAGAUCGGGAGCCCGGAGAAGUUGAUCGCCUCUCUCGGCCCUUUCGUGACGGGGAACACGCUCGACCCGGAUGAGCUCUUGGAAGCAUCAGUUGAAAAGCUCGGUGAUCAGACGUAUUACAAGUACGUGCUAGAGACUCCAUAUGCUCUAACGGGUUCACACAAUCUUGCUAAGGCGACGGCAAAAGGGAACACUGUCGUUUUAUUUGUUGCCAGUGCGAACGACAAACAGUGGCAAGCAUCUGAAAAGACUCUGAGAGCAAUGCUGGAUUCUUUUCAAGUUUAGUAAUCUAAGGGAAGGGAAACAGGAUGUGGUUAAAACGUUACUUUCGGAGGAGAAGAUUCAAUCCUCUCGGCGGGAGUCCGGAAACAAGAUAAUACUGUAUUGUACGUGGCCUAUAGCCAAUUACUCUUCUUUUACCGAUCCUAUAUCCAUCUAGUUGGGAUUUUGGAGCUUCCUGAUGUGGUCUAAAUUGUACCCAUUUUCCAUAUCUUGUCGAUCACUUUUCGAACAUGAUGCCUAAAUGUAAACAUUCGACAUCAUGAAAACCGAGAGGAAUUGAUUGCGAUUCUUGAAAGCGGAUCA